AUGAUCGAGGCGGCGGAAAGAGGCGAAGACUUUACUUUGGGCACGAGAGGCACAAAGAGGAGGAGGAAGAAGAAGUCUAACACGACACGCUCAUUCUCGGCUGUUGCUCUUCAAGAGCCCUAUCAGCAUCCGAACGACGACAUUCCCAAGGAACCUCCUGUCCAGCUUGAAGCCCAGCACAUACAAUUCUUUCGCAAGGUCAUUCCCCGCGAAUCGAAUCCUCGAGCUGGCGGGGCUUCGCAACCGAGAGCGACGCCUACGAAAGGUGCACACAGCUUGACUUUUGAGAAGAUUCUUCAGGCCAGCAACACGCAUCAGAAAGUGCCCGAUUAUCGAGCAUCUAGCCGGCCCAAAGCCCAGCAACAAGUCGAAGUUGAUAAAGCCAAGAAAUUACUUCAACAUUGGUCUCAGCCUUCUGGCGACCGGAAUCUGGUGGUUCAGCAGUCGUUUGGUGAAGCCAGAAAUGCGGCCCCGGACAAGCCAGUCGGGUACAUUGGUCCUAAAGAUGGGAGUGAAGGAAAUACCGACGCGAGACAUACAGAUAUACCUGCUUCAGACACCACAGCAACAGCCAAGGGCCGAGGUGCUCCAACCCCUGUACCUCUAGGCGCUUCACCUGAGCCGCCACUACCACAAGAUAACCUUCAACCCGUAGAUAUAUCUGAUCGGGUAUCCAGCAUCAAGGGUGAAGCCAAUUUUCAAGCGCCGGUCGUGGUUCUGCAGUCCAAAUCGUCGGACUUCUCAGGAGCAACCGGCAUGGAGAGCCCGAGCCUGGCUUCGCCGAAGCAUAAUCUAACGCACUCUCCAGGACCAAUCGAGACACACUUGUUUGGGUACCUCGACAGCGAUGAGACUAUGGACCAGCACCUUCGAGAAUGGCUCAAGGAAAUGCCACGCGUUAGAGCGCAAACCAACGUCGAGGCCGAAUUAGCAGCAACGCCAAAAGAAUUCUCCAACCACGCCAAAAACAUUUUAGCCCCCGGAACAUUGUCCAGUCUGCACCGGUUCAUACGAGAUGGAAAGACUGCUUCAAAACAUCUAUCACGACGGAAAUGGCUAGCUGUCAUGAGACAUUUUACCAGCCAGCCUAGUACUCUAAACUGGACGAUCAUGGAAGCCAUCUUCUACACAUACCAGGCUUCAUGCCGAAAUCCAAGGGAUCUCAACGUCCGACCUGUCUUCUUGCUGAUACAACAUUUACUAGCGACAGUUCCUUCUUCCGAGCGGAUGGGGCAGGUUCUCUUUCCCAUUUCCGCGAAAAACACUGUGGAUGCGGCUGCAAUCUUCGACUUGCCAGUCAAGUAUCUGCAAUUUUACUGUGAGGGUCAACACAGUACUCUUGACUGUGUACGGGAACUGGGCCAUAUUCUCGACGUUACAAAACGCAGUGGACUGGUCCCAUCCAAGGACCUCGUCACACCUGUCUUAAGAGCUCUUGUCCGCGCGAGGGACGUAGAAAUGGCGGAGACAAUGCUUGAAGGACUCACAGCGGAGUUCGGGCCGACCGAUUCUCUGGCUCUUUUCGAGCAGUAUACCUUUCUCAAUGCAUGCGAAGGCAACUGGGCCAUCGUCGAAUCCAUGCUUGACAAGUUCCACACCCUAAACAGGUCCAGGAGCCAACCCAUUGAGUAUGGACGCUUUUUCGAAAGGCUCUUGUUGCAACACAUUGCGAAGAAUCCAGCCGCUCGAUCAUUCCACUUUACCGUUCACGCCAUGAAAUACGCCGGCCUGGUACCGACGAAUCAUGUCUCCAGGACACUUAUUUGUGCCUUCAUUCGAGAUUGCCGCUACGACUUGGCUGCUGAAUGGUUGCGCCUUCUCAAGGAGGCAUUUCCUAGAGUAAGCUCCGGUUUCGAUCUUCUCCAAGGAGCAUGGUUGCUCACCAACACCUUGACGGAGAUUGACGCCAGCUGUGAAGAGAUAGCCAAGAUUUGCCAGACGAUCGCUCACGGGCAUCGGAAGGAUCCCUUCGGCCCGGCCUUCAGGGAGUUCGCCGUGGACCUCGUCAAAGCAGAUUUGAGUCAGAGGUUAUGUGCUGUCUCGGCCCAUUUCCCAUCAGCCGAAAUCUCAGAUGAAGAAAUCCGCUCAAUGACGAUGGAUCAACUGCUGAAAUGUGCCUAUGACCUCCGCGCCAUGCCGACGCCGACAGGCUCUAGUGCCGCGGUCGUCGAGAGCCUGAAGAACGACCUUGCCGUGCAGAUUUCUUCCAUCGUGGAUCUGGCUAAAGUAUUCCGGGGCGAAAUGAAGAUAUUGUUCUUUGGCAUCAAGAACCAACGGGAUGCGCUUUUGAGAGAUCGACGCCGGGUCAGCCAGGCCGCACAGUCCACCACCUUUCCAGAGAUCCACAGACACGGGCGCCCACCCGGGAUAGGCGACUUGACGACGGCACUAGCACAACAUUACCAUCGACGCGACAAGGACGGGUUGCCGGUCGACCACUCGGUCCUCCAUCACUUCGUCACAAGAUUCGGCUCCGAAUACUCAUCGGAAGUCCUCGGGCUUGUGGAGGACAUACACGCAAGCGGAUACGUUCAAGGUCCGCGCGGCGCACAUUUCGAUGCCGAGCUCUUCAAAAAGUGGCUCUACCUGGUCUCGACGCAUGGUUCUGCAGACUCGGCCGCGACGGCGCUGUUGGCGGUUUCCGGCCGUGCGGACCAAAUACCGUGGACUGCCCAUUUCCGGUGCUUGUGCGAGUUCGUGACUCAGCUCGGGAGAGUCGACAAUGAGACCCUCUGGGACGACAUGGCGUUUCCCAAGAAGCCUGAAGGGGGCCCUCUGAGGACUCGGUACGAGGAGAUUAAACGGAGGUGGCUCGACCAGGGGAGCUGGAGGAAGGAGAGGUUUCGGUUUCCCGAGUGGAAGGGGUGGGAUCUAGAUGGGAAAUAA